UCAUAUAUAGCGAAGGUAACAUCUCUACAUUACAACCAUGUCAACGGCAAUGAAUUUCGGAACUAAAUCGUUCCGACCACGUGCACCAGAUAAAGGAUCGUUUCCACUCGAUCAUUUCGGAGAAUGCAAGGCAUUUAAAGAGAAGUUUAUGCAGUGUCUCAGGGACAAUGGUCAUGAUAACUCACAGUGUCGGCUGCAAUCAAAAGAUUAUCUGGAAUGUAGAAUGGAGAGGCAGCUGAUGGCCAAAGAGCCUUUGGAGAAGCUUGGCUUCAAAGAUCUGAUGGACAAGCCCAUGGAUGAAAGCAAAAAGACCAAUCCAUGACUACUGCCUUCAUUUUCUGCUGAGUUGUGAAACCCAUUGUAUAUUAA